UUCCUUUUGCGCAUGCGUGAUUUACAGAGAUCUUGUAAUUGGUUGAAUGUAAACAAUAAAAAAAACUUAUUUAAUAUUCUCUAUCUGUAGAGUACGAAAAAUUUACUAUCAAUAACGUUAAUUGUAAUUUUUACUUUCACAGUGUCAACUACAGAUUAUACUGUAAAAAGACAUAUUUUGAAAAUGGCAACCUCAAGUAGACCAGAUGAUUAUCGUAGAAAAUGGGACAGAGAAGAAUAUGAAAGAUUAGCCCAAGAAAAAUUAGAAGAUGAAGACAUUGAUGUAGAUUGGAAAUCUAGAGACAAACAGCCGCCUAUACGAAGAGAGUUCUUAAAACCCAGAGAUUAUCGUGUUGAUCUUGAAUCAAAAUUGGGCAAAACUACUGUAAUUACAAAAACCACUCCUCAAUCUCAAAGUGGAGGAUAUUAUUGCAAUGUAUGUGAUUGUGUUGUGAAAGAUUCCAUCAACUUUCUUGAUCAUAUCAAUGGAAAAAAGCAUCAAAGAAAUCUUGGAAUGUCUAUGAGAGUUGAAAGAUCUACUCUUGAUCAAGUGAAACAAAGAAUGGAAAUGAACAAAAGAAAACUCGAGGAGAAAAAAAAGGAAUAUGAUUUUGAACAGAGACUACAGGAAUUAAAAGAUGAGGAAGAAAAACUUAAAGAGUAUAGGAGAGAGAAAAGAAAAGAACGGAAAAGAAAAGCAGUUGAAUCUCUUGAUGACAAUAUCGAUCCAGACAUGGCCUCUAUUAUGGGAUUCUCAGGUUUCUGUUCAUCCAAGAAAUGAUAUUGUAAAUGUAUUUUCAAUAUCUCAUAUGUGCAUAUUAAGAAUAUUAAAUAAACACUUUUAACCAUUA